AUAUAUACAUACCAAUACCACACCAUUCAUUGGGAGAGAGAGAAAGACUUCGUUUGCGUGUUUGUGUGGAGGAGAGGAAGAAGACAAGCAACAACCAGCACCGAGUUGAGCUGUUGUAGCCAAGUGGACGAGAAGAGAUCCCGUGUUAUCUUCUCAUCGCCCUUCUGGUUUGCAGCUAUAAUUUCCUCUGCUGCAAUAGAUACAGUCUUUAGUUUCUCUCCUUUUGGACAGAGGAGAGCCCCGGAAGAACUGAAAUUCUUGGACUUCUUUUGCAUCUGGGUCUCUCACCGGGUAAAUAAUGGCCAGUUGGGUCUUAUCAGAAUGUGGUUUCAGACCCCUCCCCAGAAUCUACCCUCGGCCCAGAAAUGGACUUCCCUCCAUGGCCGCCACUCCUUCCAAGCUUAGGCUGCCACAAUCAGUACCGGAUCCGGUUGGUUCUUCCUUUUGGGUACCAACUGGAACUGGGUCUAGACCCGGAAACUGGAGGCUCAAAGUGAGUGUCCCUGUUAGGAUCCAAACUAUAGAGGAAGAAGGAGGACAGCGAGAGAAUGGUAAGGAGAGAACAAAUGGUGCUAAUGAAGAGGCUGAAUUUGACCCUGGCGCGCCGCCUCCAUUCCGGCUGGCUGAUAUUCGAGCUGCGAUUCCAAAGCAUUGUUGGGUUAAGGACCCUUGGAGAUCUAUGAGCUAUGUGGUCAGGGAUGUGGCUGUGGUUUUUGGGUUGGCGGCGGCGGCCGCCUAUCUCAACAAUUGGCUCGUUUGGCCUCUUUACUGGUUUGCUCAAGGGACCAUGUUCUGGGGUCUCUUUGUUCUUGGCCAUGAUUGUGGCCAUGGAAGCUUUUCAAAUAACCACAAGCUGAACAGUGUGGUUGGACAUCUUCUCCAUUCAUCAAUACUUGUCCCAUACCAUGGAUGGAGAAUUAGCCAUAGAACUCAUCAUCAGAACCAUGGGCACGUGGAAAACGACGAAUCUUGGCACCCACUGUCUGAAAAGAUUUACUCCAAGUUGGAUAAUCUCACUCGCCUACUGAGGUUCACUUUGCCUUUCCCUUUGCUUGCAUAUCCCAUCUAUCUGUGGAGUCGAAGCCCUGGAAAGACAGGCUCUCAUUUCAAUCCAAGCAGCGACCUGUUUGUGCCGAGUGAGCGAAAAGAUAUCAUCACCUCUACCCUGUCUUGGGGCGCCAUGGCUGCACUACUCGUUUGUCUAUCCUUCGUAAUGGGUCCAAUCCAACUGCUUAAGCUCUAUGGCAUUCCCUACUGGAUUUUCGUCACGUGGUUGGAUUUGGUGACAUACUUGCAUCACCAUGGUCACGAGGAUAAACUUCCUUGGUAUCGCGGCGAGGAGUGGAGUUACCUGAGAGGAGGAUUAACAACACUAGAUCGAGAUUAUGGUUGGAUUAACAACAUUCACCAUGACAUUGGCACCCAUGUGAUACAUCAUCUCUUCCCUCAAAUCCCACACUAUCACUUAAUAGAAGCAACAGAGGCUGCUAAACCUGUGCUAGGGAAGUACUACAGGGAGCCUAAGAAAUCUGGGCCUCUCCCAUUUCACUUACUAGGAAGCCUUAUCAGAAGCAUGAAAAGGGAUCACUAUGUAAGUGACACUGGGGAUGUUGUAUACUAUCAAACUGAUCCACAGCUCUAUGGCUCUCCCAAGGCAGAAUGAAGACCACAGCAAUUUCUUGUUUAUGAGGGAAGCCUACUAAGCAACUGAUUCUGUACAACCGAUUUCAUUUUUUGCUACAGAAGAAAGAGAUUAUCUUGUAGCAUCAGAACUGGGAGCAAUAAUUCCCGCACUGGAGAUUGUAUUGGUUCAAACUUUGAUGCAUAAUAAUUAGAAUUGCAUGCGCAAGAAAAUGCUAUUUCUAGGUAGUUUUGCUCCGAGGAAGUACUCUCGGAUGUUAUUAAUAUGUAAUUACAAGACCCAAAAAUUUCAUGGGAGAAGCCAACUAAUAUCAUGUGAAAUAUAACUUUCUUAUUCAGUGCA